UGCAAAAUAUUUCUGUCACAAUAUAUGAAGCAUCAGUAAAAGUUAACCAUUAUAACUCAUCGCAUCACAUCUCAUCACAUCACGUUUGCCGCUCAAAUAACGUUAAAAUGUCUGGAGCUUAAAGACUCAAUAUGAGUUCAACGGACACCGACAGCGAAAUAUGCAAACGACUACCACCGCUAAAACGUUCGCCACCAUCUACACAACUUUCAAAUACAUUACAAGCAUUUAUUGUGUUGCUGUAUAACGUCAAAUUCCAACUGACAAAGACAAAAGAUGCAGUCCCAACCGCAAAUUAUGCUAUCAAUUUCAUCAAAAAAGGAAUCUCAUCAGGCUGGAUUGUUGAAAUGCAAGCAAUUUUAGAGAAUAUUGAAACCAAAAGAGGUAGAGUUGCAUCGUCAAGUGGUUCGGAUAGUAGCGAGACUUCAGGGAAACAACGAUCUGCCCAAUUUCAGAUGAAAAAUGUUACAACGUUGGAAGAAAUAUCGAACAAUGGAAAACAAUUUGCAGUGGCGUUUUUUGAAUUUUACUUACGUGCUAUUGACAUCACACGUUCGUAUGAGCAACGAUACAAGUACUGCAAAGAUGCUUUACAAACUUGGAAUCACUUAUCACGAGUGUUGGAAGAAUUGAAACAAGCAAUCAAGGAAAUUGAAGCAACGGAAACGGUCGAACCGAUCGAUGAAUAAAUAAAUCCAUCACAUAGCACCAUUUCAGCAAAAGGAACUUCAUAACCGAAUAAUUUUUCACUUUAAUUAAUUAAUUUAUAAAUUAGGAAAUAUCAUUCAAGAUCUCAAAAUACGAUGUCAAAAUUAUAAUUAUAAUAAACAUCAACUAUUUUCUCUUUGAAACCAGAAAA